UGAGCCACAUCUACUGCCGAGACCGAGCCGAGACACAGAACACAAAAACACACACACACACACACUUUCCAGCUCCUCUGACAUGGCCUUCUUCUAGCAUCUCACUAACCGUCAAAGGAAAGUGCGAAACCGGAGGAAAUUGUCGAAGACGUCAAUCAGCACUCAACAUCUUAAGAGUAUUAACAAUCACUGAGAUUAAAAUCUGAAGACGAGAGAAACGAGCGAUCUCUAAAGGGGGAAAAAAGGAGAGCGAGAAAACGAGAUUUCUUUACCAAAAAGCACAGCAGGCUUCUGAGGAGGAAUAAUGAGGAACGGCUGGAUGUGGCUCGCUCUUUCGGCACUUUGCCUUCUGGGAAAAGGGGUCUUUGUGACAGGUCAAAUUGACUUUUCUGUCCUCUACCUGGAUGAACAGUCUGGUGAUUACUCUAUUGACGAUAAUGAAUUCAACUCUGGCUCAGGAUCAGGUUUUGAAAGUGAUGAUGAGGAUGUGUGGACAACUGAAAAAACGCAGAAUAUAAAGCCUACACAGCAUUUCACCCAGACAACCAGCCCUGGUCUGCAGAUCACCUCAUUUACUGAGCCAGACACACGGCUGGCCUCCACAGAUGCAGGACAGCAGGUCACGGAGGUAAAAGAGGCGGAGAAACCCCAGGGUAGUGACGAAGCCACCAGCACUAGCAGCACUGAAGACGUGAUAUUGGGUUCUGACAAGCAAAAUGAGGUGGAAUCUGAAAACCUCUUCCAGAGGACUGAAGUGCUGGCAGCUGUUAUAGCUGGUGGUGUGAUUGGCUUCCUGUUUGCGAUCUUCCUCAUUCUCCUGUUGGUGUACCGCAUGAGGAAGAAGGAUGAGGGCAGCUAUGAUCUGGAAGAGCGCAAACUACAGAGUACAGCUUAUCAGAAAGCCCCAACCAAGGAGUACUAUGCCUAAAUGAGCGAUUAUACUCAACAUUAACUUCCAUAUGACAAACAUUUCCUCAGUCAUUUAAAACAAAAGCUGGAAUCAUAAAAGACUGAAGAGGUGUUUAUUGGGAGCCUAUUUAAUAACAAAGAUACAGUAUUUUGCUUCAUAAAGCCAAUCAGAUAUUAUGUUUUUAUUAUGGAUAAUGACUUAUUUCUCAUGUGGUUUUUAAAAAUUGUUGGAGAAAGUAAUGUAAUUUAAAACAAUAAAUGUCAUGAAUUGUUUCAUCCAUAGAGUACUUUGUGACUAUAGAGGUACAUAUUUGUAUUUUUUAAAUAUCCAAAAGGUCUGAAUUCUGGAUUGUAAAUGUACUUUUUCCUUUAUGCCACAAUAAUUACCCAUAUUUCAGCAUCUCCAUAUUGAUGUCAAUAUCUUAAUUUAGGUUCUAUAGAAAGUGUUGAUUUUUAUAAACUCUUUUAAACGGUUCUCUCUGGGCUUGUAAAUGUUUAGUGCUGUUAACACAAAUUUGUAUAUUUUGUCAAUUCAGUAUCAAAAUAUGGGGAAUCAAUUUUUUGUCAAAUCCAGCCAAGAACAAAUUCUCUCUCUCUCUCUCUCUCUCUCUCUCACACACACACACACACACACACACAUACACACACACACACACAC